AUGGAUGGAGUUGAUGUAGCUCUGAUUCCCUUGGAAAAGCUCUGUGAGCCGGAGGUGUUGGUUAAAUAUGGCGUCAUGCUUGAUCCUGAGGUUUUGGCAACACUUGACAACACAUCCAGGCAAAAACAGGUGAGGGUUAUGGGGAAGGUUUAUUGGGGAGAUGUGAGGAGUAAGCUGUGUGAGGCGGUGGGGGGACUGAAGCUGGACUGUUUGGUCAUCGAAAGUAGAGGACUUGGCACAAUUCAAAGGAUAAAGUUAGAGAAAGAUAAGGAUGAGAAUUAUAACAUAGCUCUCUUUAGGCCUUUUUGGCAUUUGGGCCUGCAAAUGCUGGUUCAGAAUCCUGCAGGGGCCUCCUAG